AUGUCUGAUAGGUGGUCACUCAGUGAGAAUGUGGCUCUUUUUGCUUGGCUCGAUUUCUGUAUUGCAAACAAGAUAAAUUGUUUGAACACAAUACAGAAACACAUGGAGAAAGAGACUGGUAUCUCUUGGUCCAAACACAGCGCUAGAGCGAGCCUAAGAUUUCUGGAGUGGAAGUAUCGCAACCUGAAUGAAAAACGCGGACUCAAGCCUGAUGAACAAAAAGGAAGCUUAUACAUUGUCCAAACGGGAUCUAAGUGCUUACAAUAUCCUCCUAAGGACAUGAUGCGGUUGAUCAAGAAGGCGCUGAUCAACUAUAAGAACAAGUAUAGCUCGGAGGCAAUCCAAGAAUUGUUGGAACCAAAAUUCGUCAAGAGUGAUCAAGGCCAAUCACCGGCAAAUAUACCUACUCGCGAAUCAUCACCUGCAGGAAAAAGGGAUUCAUUGGAAGAGAUAGAAGAAGUUUCGAGAAAAAGGCAAUGUUUGAAAAAGGUACGAGAAAACUUUAAGCUAGCACCCAUCCAUGGUAGUCAACUCUUAGACGUCGAACUGUCCCUUGCGAGCAUUGAACCAGUCCAGCCUGAAAACCCAGCUCAAGCCUCAAGGACCAGAAGCUCCCGAACCAACUUCACCUCGGGGAAGGUGGCUCAUCGUCCGAGUGGUAAGCAGCCGACUAGAGCUGCAACACCGACUAGUAAUGAGGAUCUGGAACUCUCCUUCUCACCCCGAAGUCUUCUGGUCGAUCGGCCCAGUGUCGAAUCGCCUGCAAAGAAUCAACACAAUCAAGUCGGGGAGGGAAUAUUGGAGGAUAUGCAGGAACAUCACAAGGAGAUCUUGCAGAUUAAAGAAGCAGAAAUAAGAAUUAUUCGAGAACAAUGGGAUUCUGACCUCCGCACAUUUUAUGGGAAAGUUGAAAGACUUGAACGAUCGGAAAUGGUCCUCACAGCAAAGAAUUCGGCUCUAGAAGCUGCAGCUUCCGAUAUUAAAGGUGGAGGGAGCAACCCUCUGGAACAAAUGAUUGCUCAGAAGAAUGUUGAAAUAUGGAAAUUGACCCAACAGCUUCGCCGGCAACUGAAAGUGACACAGCUUGGGGAGACAGAAGCAAAGUACCUACCGCCUCAGACUAUCCACACUGCCAUGAAUGAGAUUCGCUUCGUGUUGGAAGAUAUAAUCAGAUCCAAUGCUUUGUGCGUCCCGCUGGGUCCGAACGAAUGGUUUGAUGGUGACCUUGAAUACUUGGUGAAUUCGGCAUUUGAUACUCCUCGAGGAUCGACUGAAGGCAAGCUUCAAUUAAAGAGACUGGACGUGAAACUUGGACCAUCUGCAGUAUUUAGCAUUCUAGCUAUCACUGCAUUAAGAGAUUGGGUCUUCCUAACAGAUUUCCCACACGUCGAUUUGGGAUCAAUGAGUCUGAUUGAAUCAUAUCGAAACAUUGCUUUUGACAAAGGUGGAUGGGAAGAACUGCGAUGUUUUGAUUUCGGGGCGUUUAAGGAAUAUAUGAAACAGCCAUACUUCAAGGAUGUUCUAAACCGCACUGCUAAGCAGCUGGCUUGUCGAUUAUUAAGGACCUUGAGCUUUCUCUUCGGUGAAAGUCUUGAAAGAGUGGGACACGAUUGUUCUUUUCAUACCUGGGGCGAAGACUUCGAUUCCUGGAAUGAAAGACGGUACCAUUACGAAAAGCUAUUUCAGACUGCCUUGGAGUUGAAAAGUGGCUCUGUGAUUACAGACGAUACUUAUACCUUUGAAUUUUCAUCGAAGCAAGAGUACAUCAGCAAACCAUUCAAUAAAUUGAGCGGUCCUGAAGAAUCUUGGUUAUGUCUAUCCAUUUGUGCGUAUGGUUCAAAAUCACUAGUCUUUCCAAGGGGUAAAGAAGGCGCGCUGGUCCAGACACGAAAUUUCCUGGCUUCGGUGAUUGUCGAUUGGCCCUGCGACUAUCGGAAGGAUAUUUAUCUCGAUGUGGACCGAUCAUACCAAACGAGAAACUUGUCACAAUUAAGUAGAGACCGGAUGAAUCUUUCGGCGAGACAUAACACUAGUACCCCUCAUCCUAUGUCACAUGCUGCUGAUUCGGAAAGUUUUAAUAUAGCAGAGAUCGAUCAUUCUGCGAUUUUCAAGGCACCAACACACACAGGCAACGUUCCAGGACUUCCUAAACAGCCAAUUCAUCGAGUUCCAGUUAGAAGUUCGGAGUGUAAACUUGUAGACGAUGCCUUGAUUGUGUUCGAAAGGGCCAAGUCGCCACUCUCUGGAGCCACACAACCCCAAAACUUUUCAUCUCGCGAGGCACAGAUUAGAAGAUUGUUGGCAGUUAUGGAAGGAUACGACACGCCUGAGAAUAUUUGUCAAAGCAGCAAUGAGCUCGAGGAAGAUUUGACGGCAGUCUCUGAAACAUCCGUAAAUCGUUUUAGUCUGCAGGCGAACAAGAUACUCAGCAGUUCAUUCAACAAUGAUCAUGAAACUUCCAGUACUAAUUCAAAUCAAUGCGAUGAAACCGAGGACGGCGAGGCUGAUGACAAUGAUGCUGAUGACGAUGAGAGCUUUGAUGUAGAUAGAAAUGAGACUAUUGGAGGAAGAAUAAUUGAGAAGACUGCUGAUGAUGAGAGUACCAAGGUGGACAGUGAGAGUACUGAGGUGGAUAACGAGAGUGUUGGAGGGAGAAUGUAUGGGGAUAUUGAGGAUGAGGAUAACGAGAUCCUUGAGACGGAAAGAGAUGAGAGAAUUGAAACUGCAAUUGAUGGGAAUAAGGAGGUUGAUGAGAGUGAGGGGGUUGAAAACGAUGAGACUAUUGAUUUGGAGGACGAUGAGAGAUUCCCGGCUACUGACAGCAUUGAGGUCGACGACCACGAUGAACUUUUGCGAGCACAUCAAGAUGACAACGACGACGACGACUGUCAUUCCUUGCAUGAUGGCACAGAAUCUAGAAAUCAGAAACGUGGUUUUGGGCAGACAAUGGUUAUACCAUCGGUUUGUGCUCCCGACGAAAGAAUUGAAGUUUCCUCUACACUAUACUCGAGUACAACAUUAGGGAGUACCAGUAACCUUACUGUACCAUUCAUUUCAAAAUUCCUCACGAUGUACAUCUACAAAUGGACCCUCAUAACCAUAACCAUAACCCUCCAAAUAUCCACAUCCAAUACCCCCUCACUCAAAGUUGCCAAUGCCAAUGUGAAACUACACUCUCUCAUCACCGAAGCACCGGCAACUGCUGCUCUGGCUUUACUAUCAACAACCUCGAUAUUACGGGGAGCAACUGCCCCAAUCAAUUAUCACAGGAGUAUUCCAAUGCUGGCUCAUACGACAGAUUGCAAUACCGGUACCUAG